GAGCUUCACCACAUCAUUACAGCCCAUUUUGUUAUGCCUGGUCAUACUCUAUAUGACUGUUUAUCCUGACAAAAGCCCUGCAGUGCCGUUUCCACUGGAAAAGCUCAGACUAAGGAUGUCAUGUCUAAGACAAACCUUCCUCCCUUUUUUCUUUCCAUAAUCUCUCUAGUUUAUGAGAAUAACAGUUUUCCAGCAUCUUUUUCAAUGAUUUAAUUACAUAGAAAUCUAUAGAUGCAGCAACAAGCAAUUUGACUAGUACGAAUGCCUUCAUAUUGAAUAACAUGAAUACCCAUUUCAUUGUCCAGGUGCUUGAGGUAUGGGAUGGUUGAAUGGGAGGUAUGGCUGGAGGCCUUAAUCUUGGUGAACCUAUAUCCUAUUGGCUUAGUUUCCAGAUGGAAAUACUUCUUGAUUGUGUUGUGGACUGUUUUAUGGGACAUGUGGAUGGCUUUAGCCACUGACAUUUGUGUUUCAUCAUCACAUAUAAUGCCCCCAUGGCUGAAAGGGCAAGCACAUUUUAGUGGAAUGGGGAUUUGAACCCAUGACCCUCACACUGCGAGUCAAAACCUCUAAACCACCUAGCCAUACCAAGCCCUUCAGAAUGGAAAUGACUAUCCGACGUCCAAAAAUAUGUAUCAUCAGUACAUUUUAUUUUGAACUUUCAGAUUCCAGUAAGCUAACUUUAGUACAUCAAGGAGGAGCUAUGACCCCUGAAGAAGCUGAAGCAUUUUUGAAGAGUCCAAGUUUUGAUACCAUCCUACUGAUUCGAAGCUGGGACGACCAAUCAAAGGAAUCCAAGAUCCAAGUUAAACCUUUAGAUCAUUACAAGAAAACAUCAGUUCAUCCAUUUCUCAUAAAAUUCAUGCUCUUGUCAAAAUGUGUAAGAUUAUUAACACUACUAAGCUCACCACUCAAUAACAAGUUAGUUUUCAUUGUGUAA